UGAAAGUGAAAAUAGAAAUCAGACAUUGCGGAGCUAAAUUCAUCCUUGGAUUGUGAAAUGGCGGAGCUCAGAGCCUUGUUCCUGCUCUCACUGUGCCGUACAUUGUUAACUUCUGCUGGAUCCGCCUUGGACGUCUUUGCUCCCUCUUCCCGAAAAGCAGAGCUGGGAACUAAUGUCAUGAUACCUUGUACGUUCAAGGUGCGCAGUACAAUAAACCGUCAGUAUCUUGCUGUUUUGUGGGAAUUUCAGGGAACUGGAAUUGUAAAGUACGACAACAAGGGGCUUCACAUUCAGCCAAGGAUGCAGUUUGAGGAAAAGAACAUUGCAGAAGGAGCAGCUGAUUUAUACAUCAAUAAUAUCUCUGUCAGUGACAUUGGGAUCUAUAGGUGCACCAUAAUCUACAGCCCUGAUAUCAUUCACAAGGACAUUGAUCUGCUAGUUUAUGCUCGUCCGUCCAUCUCAGCCCUUGAGAAGAUUAAUGUGGGUGAUGAGCAGGAGAAGAUCUUGUGCUUGGUGACUGGGUUUUACCCUGAACGGAUCACUGUGCAGUUGAUAAAGGACGGGACAGUCAUGAGCGGCUCUGUUGUAUCCUCUCUUCACAAGAAUAAUGAUAAUACUUUCUCCAUCAAUAGCUCAGUGAUAUUACCAUCCACAGAGAAACCGAAAUCCCUCUCAUGUAAAGUCCAACACGAUUCUCUCACGGCAGAUCUGCAACAAGACAUCCGGCUCGUGUAUAACGAAAAUAGCGGUGGUAACACUGGCCUGGUGGUGGGUGCGAUCUCUGGAGCAGUCGUAUUGAUCGUGUUAUUGAUCAUUGGCGCCGUUUUAUACAAGAAGAAAUCAGGACCCUCAGACGUUCUAGUCUAUAAAAUUCAUGGCACCAAAAUGAUCGACGGUGAGAGCACCACCCUGUAUUGUACUGCUUGUAACUGUUCCCAAGAGACCCGGGUAAAAUGGAUCAUCAAAAACAAAGACGGCGCAACCUGUGAGAUCACUGAGAACGAACUGGUAAAUAACGAGGAAGAGCAGCCGCUAAUGUCCAUGGAGUAUAAGGCUUCAACAGAGAAGGUGGCCAGCCAAAAGAGGACAUCUCUUCAUGACAUUACUACCAAACUGACCUUUAUUUCUUCAGUAUCCAGACAUCUGGGGUCAACUGUGACCUGCAGGUUUAUUACAGACAAGAAGUCUGAAGAGAAAACCCAUGAGCUCAAAGACAUUUGUGCUAAACCUCAGUUCAGGGAGCCGGUACAAUUCACCAUUACCAGUCAAGGAGAUGUCCAGCUGGCAGCCAGUUUAGACAAAUUUUAUCCCCAACCAUUGCAGAUUACCUGGGCAUCUAAGAAAGGUCAGGCUCAUGAGAAAAUUCCAUCAGAAGAGGAAGUCAUGAAGAAUCCUGAUGCCACGUGUAACCUCACAAGUAAAUGUACAGUUUCUGGAGAACUUUUCAAAGAUCCGACAUAUAAAGUCACAGUUACUUGGAAACAUGAAUCCAUGGAUAACUCUCUAAGCAAGGAGCUCUCUGCAAAAGAUUUUCCUUGGCGUCCCCAGAUUGGAGACUAUAUAGAAAGUGUUAGCCAGGAUGAUACGAUUAUUUUCAAGUGUUCUGUAUCAAAUUAUUUUCCUGAUGCAUUGACUGUGAAGUGGUUUGAGAAGGAGAAAGAUUGUCCAGAUUUAAUAGAAGUUACAGAAUCUGAGAAAUAUACAAUUCCAAAAAUGAUAUCAAACAGAACAGACAAGAAAACUUUCACUACAAUGUCUCGUCUGUCUGUGAAGAAAUCACUAGUGACAGAUAAAGACGUGGGUCUAGUCUGCAGAGUGGAUCACCCCAGCUUGGAAAAACCAAUCGAGGCCAAGACUGCGUCAGUGCAGCCCAGAGACACCGGGGUCCAGGCAUUUUUUGUUAACAACAUCCAGGGACCCCAGAAGUGGUAUGGAGGGGAGAAGGUGAUCUUGUACUGUGCAGCUUCAUAUUGUACCGAGAACACCCAGGUGAUAUGGAUUGUGACGGGAAAAGAUGGGGCAGAACAUGAAAUAUGUGAGGAUUCUGGAGGUGUGAGGAAAGAUGGCGGUCAGUGUCCAGGCUACGUGGCUCAUAGAGAGAGGACGGACAUAUCUGAUAUCCCAGGUCUCCUGGAUGUCACCAGUUGUCUCAGCUUCACACCUUAUGUUUCUAAACACAAAGAUAUCACAAUAAGCUGCAAAAUCACCUGUGACGGGAGAAGCAAGCCGAAGACUUUCCAGCGGAAACAGCUUUUUGCAAAGCCCAAAGUGUUAAAUCCUAUAAAAUUGUCCCUGACCGAUUCAGCUGAUGUUCUGUGUGCAUUGGACAUAGAGGAAUUUUAUCCUUCUGAUAUCCAGAUAAAAUGGAACCAUCAAGAAAAUCUGAGUUCAGAUAAAACCGUUAAGAAUGCAGGUGGCACUUACAACGUACAAAGCGAAUGUAAACUUCCCAGAAGCUUCUUCAAAGACCCACAAUUCACUGUGAAAGUUUCCUGGAAACAUGAGUCCAUGGAUGGCUGGGACUGGAGGCAGAUGUCUGCUGUGGAUAAAGAUUUUCCAUGGAAGCCAGAAUUACAAGAGAUUUCCAUUCCCAACCUUCUUGGUGGUAUCACAGCUAUACUGAAAUGUGAGGUGUCUAACGUAUUCCCUGAUGUAAUGAAUGUGAAGUGGCUGAAGAGGGAGAAGGACAGUCAAGAAUUAUUCCCGCUGGUUCUCAGUGACAAAUAUAGCAUUUCAGACAUUACACCCGAGCGGCAGACGGAUAACACACUCACAUAUAAAGCAUGCUUAAAGUUUACUCCAUCCAUCAUCGCGGACCAUGGAACAGAGUUCAUCUGCAGAGUGGAGCAUCCCAGUUUAGAAAAACCAGCAGAAAAGCGCACCGGACCCCUCUCUAUACAAGAUGUCAAGAGCUCAGCUCCACCUCAGGAUAAAAGUCAAACAGAUUCUGCUCCUCUGGAAGAAAGUCAAACAGAUUCUGCUCCUAAAACACUGCAAGCAGUUUCUGCUCCUCAUGAUGGGGUGCAGGACUUGGCAUCCAUAAUACCACAGAAAAAUUACCAGCGACUUAUUGUUGGGGACAUCAGAGGAAGUGAUCAGUGGACGCAUGAGAAAAAGCUGUCUCUUCAGUGUCCAGUGUCUUAUUGUCCUGAGGACGUUACAGUCGUGUGGACGGUGACUGAGGGGGACGGCAACGUCCAGGAAUUAUCCAGCUCUGCGGCACAGCCGCUCGGGAAGAGGGAAGCUCUGAAGACUUCUGGUUAUUUCCUUGUAAAGGAAACCGAUGAGUCUGAUGUAGAAGGACUGUUUCAUAUCACCAGUAUAAUGACAUUUAUACCAACAGUGAGGAAACAUUAUGGAUCUCUUAUCACCUGCACAGUUACCUCUGAUGGUGAAACCAAGACCAAGAAUCUUCAGCCGAAAUCAGUUAAUGCUAAGCCCCAAUUGUUAGAUCCUGUAAAAGCAGCUCUUACGGAGUCCGGGGAGGUGAUUUGUGCUCUGACUCUGCAGAACUUUUAUCCAAAACAUAUAACUGUCAAAUGGGCAACAGAACAAAAUCCACUGACAUCCAAAGAAGAUUUCCAGGAAAAUGCUGAUCACACAUAUAAUGUCUGCAGCCAGUGCACUGUCCAAGGAAGUCUCUUUAAAGAUCCGAACUUUAAACUGAGCGUGACCUGGAGUCACAAAACCAUGAAGGAAAAGAGAACAAGCGUCCUGUCCUGGAGAGACCUAGCUAACAGUUUUCCGUGGCAUCCUGUAAUCCAGGAGGUUCCCGUACCUCAUGUCCUGAUGGGUCAAUCAAACACUCUCCAGUACAACAUCUCCAGCUAUUUCCCUGAUGCUGUGACUGUGAGCUGGUAUAAGAAGGAGAAGGACGCUCUGGAAUAUGCUCUAUUACACGGCAAUGAUAAGUAUAAGACAUCAGUCACUGAGUCCCAGAGACAGCCGGACUCCACAUACUCCUGUACAGCCAGUCUGCUGUUCACCCCGACUCUGAAAGACCAGGAAUCAGAAAUCAUCUGCAGAGUGGAGCAUCCCAGCCUGGAGAGACCACUAGAGAGAAGCAGCGGACCCUUACGUGUGCAGGGUCAGCCAAAGAAUAGAAAACCAGUCAGAGUAACUCUGGGCAAAGAAGAGGUGAAAUAUUCUCUGGUUCUAGAGAGAUUCUAUCCCAAAGAUAUCCAGAUAAAGUGGACUUGUGGAUCGGACCAAGAGACACAGACCUGCCCAUCAACAGAAAGAUAUCCAAAUAACGUGGAUAAAUUAUAUUCUGUUACCAGUGAAUGUACAGUAUCUGAGGAGGUGAUGAAGAACCCCAACUUCAAAACCUGUGUGACGUGGAGCCAUGAGUCCAUGGAUGACCCCAGGAGCAGAGAGGUGUCUAUAAGAGAUAAAGAUUUCCCAUAUCAUCCUGAAGUGAAGAUACAGGUGCCCCCUCUUUAUAAUAACACUGAGGCCUCCCUGGAAUGUACAAUCUCCAACUGCUUUCCAGGUGUAUUGAAUGGGAUGUGGCUGAAGAAGGACAGACUAUCCGGAGAGACUCAUCCCAUAGCUGGAGAAGGGGCGUACAGGAUCUGCAACCAGGAGUUAGGCCGACAGCCCAGUAAUACAUACUGCUAUAAGUCAUGUCUGAUCUUCACUCCCACUGUGGAAUCGGAUCAGGGCGCAGAAUUCAUUUUCCAGGUGGAACAUCCGAGCCUUGAGCAGCCCAUGCAAAAGAGUACGGGAGCGCUGCAGAUAGCUGAUUUCGGUGACAAAGACGUUCAUGAGCUUCACCAGCAGAACAGUAUUAUAAUGUAAUAUCUGCGUGAUCUGUGAGUAUGUAACAUGUAUGUAACAUGAAGUCCUCAGCAUGCAGCUAGUAUUAUAAUGUAAUGUCUGCGUGUUCUGUCAGUAUGUAACAUGUAUGUAACAUGAAGUCCUCACUCAGUAUUAUCCAGAAUGGAGACCCCCGCCCUUAUAUAACAUACCUGCAGCUGUACUGACCUAUAACCUUAUACAUAACAGACAGGACACGCUCCCCCAACUUCACAGCAACAAUGUACCGGUUGUACAUGACCAGUGAUACCAGUGCUGAGGGGCCCUGGCCAGCAGCUACACUGGGAGCGAUCUCUGCCUCACCAGCUAUGUAUGUGUAGUGUAAUGUGACUAUGUCUGGCUUUCUUAUGAUUUUACAUAUAUUUUAAAGCACAUCUAUGAUGAGACAGAUCUAACUUCUGUAGAAUGUGUAUAAAGUUACACUAAGUGAAAAUUAAAUCCUCCAGAGCUGUAGUUCUAUCAGCAACGUACUAACUGGAUAAUGCAGUACUGAGUGAUACUCUCUGAUUCCAACAUUGAUUCUGCCCGAUCACCUUUGGACUGUGUUCACACACAGUAGAUUUGGAUUCUGUACAUCUGAAAGGUCUGCACUAUUCAGGCGCAUGGAAUAGUUGCAUAAAUGUCUGCAGCACAUUUGUUAGACAUGAACCUUUGCGGUUCCCCCUCUCUGCAUUGAUGGUACCACGAUCACCCACUACAAUGUAUAUGUAACUGUGAGACGUUAAUGUAUCUAAUGGAUUUUUAAUAAAGCCUCUUUAUAUGUC